AUGCGACCCAUCUUGCGAUUACGAACCUCAUUGUACCGAAUGCGACCUUGGAUGCGCUCAUAUAGCACGCACCAUAGCCCAGCCAGUGUUGGAAAGGAUGCAACACGCGCCAUCGUGAAUCCACUAAACAAGCAUUUAGAUCACAUGAAGGAGAAGGGACAGGAUGAGAGCAGUGACAAGAAGGGAUCAUCAUCAAAGACAACGACAACAACGACCACUGAGAAGGAGGCAUCUUCUACAGAGGAAGGAGAACAAGGAUAUCAAUAUGGAACGUACCAUUGGACACUGGAACGUGUAUCUGCCGUGGCGUUGAUUCCAUUGAUCACGACACAGUUUGUGUAUGGUGCACAACCUAUCUGCGACGGCUUAUUGGGUGUAGUCUUGCCGUUUCACAUCCACCUUGGCUUUGAUUCAUGUAUCACCGAUUAUCUUCCCAAACGCGAAUAUCCACGUCUUCAUAAGGCGGCAAUGUGGACGCUUCGAGGAUCUACGGCAUUGGUCAUGUGGGGCUGUUACGAGAUCAAUACAAAUGAAGUAGGAUUAACAGAGAUUGUGCAGCGUUUGUGGCUAGCAUAA